AGAAAGUCGAAAUUUUGCGGGUUAAAACGUCCACAUUGUGUUUGGUUCUCUUCUUUACUUUGAUCGUUAUCUCUGUUCUUCCCAUUUUCCAGUGAUACAAUAAAAACCAUGAUCAGGGAAAGAAACUCCGAAUUUCUUCUUGAAUUUCCUCUUCUUUCCAACAUUGAAAAAGGUUCACGGAAUCCUGAAGAUCAUGACAAGUGGUGUUGUGAUAUAGCUGAGGCUAUUGAAGAGCUAAAGAAACAACUAGAAUUAGCAGGACCUCUUGUUCUUGUGAGUUUUUUGCAGUACUUUUUGCAGAUGAUAUCUAUCAUGUUUGUUGGUCAUCUUGAAGAGCUUCCUCUUUCUAGUGCAACUUUAGCCACUUCUUUUGCUGGAGUAACUGGUUUCAGCUUCAUGCUAGGAUUGGGAAGUGCAAUGGAAACAUUAUGUGGACAAGCUUAUGGGGCAAAACAGUAUCAUAUGCUUGGGAUACACAUGCAAAGAGGUAUGCUUGUGUUGGUGGCUAUUGGCAUUCCCAUAUCGAUUAUAUGGGCAUUCGCCGGGCACAUAUUUGCUUUCUGUGGACAAGAUUUGGAACUUUCAAUCCAUGCCGGAUUGUAUGCUCGUUGGUUAAUUCCCAGCAUUUUUCCUUAUGGACUCCUUCAAUGCCAACUAAGGUUCCUGCAAACACAAAGCAGAGUCAAACCACUUGUGAUCAGCACUGGUUUUACGAGUUUAAUUCAUGUCUUCUUGUGUUGGGCAUUGGUUUUCAAAUUCGGUAUGGGAAACAAAGGGGCUGCACUCUGUAAUGCCAUAUCUUAUUGGAUUAAUGUGCUGCUUUUGGCCCUUUAUAUAAGGUUUUCAUCAUCAUGCAAAGAAACAUGGACGGGGUUCUCCAAGGAAGGUGGAAGAAACCUUCCCAGUUUUCUAUCAUUAGCUAUCCCUUCAGCACUUAUGGUCUGCUUAGAGCAGUGGUCCUAUGAGUUUCUGGUGCUCAUGUCAGGGCUGCUUCCAAAUCCAAAGCUUGAGACAUCUAUGAUGGCCAUCAGCCUAAGUACCAGUUCUCUGGUCUUCAGGAUUCCCUUUGGAUUUGGUAGUGCAGUAAGUACGAGGGUAGCGAAUGAGUUGGGGGCAGGGAGACCGAAAGCAGCAAAGUUAGCAACACGCAUUGUCCUACUUCUUGCUGUGGUAGAGGGUCUGGUACUGAGUGGAAUAGCAGUUGCAGCAAGAAAUGUGUGGGGAUAUAUAUACACUAACGAAGAGGAAGUUGUGAAAUAUCUAGCUGCAAUAAUGCCAGUGCUUGCAUUAUCCAACUUCAUGGAUGGAAUCCAAGGAGUUCUUUCAGGUAUUGCAAGAGGAUGUGGUUGGCAGAAACUUGGUGCACUAGUCAAUCUUGGAGCCUAUUAUCUUGCUGGACUUCCUUGUGCAGUCAUUUUAACUUUUGUCUUCCAUUUUGGAGGAAAGGGUCUUUGGACAGGAAUUAUAAGUGGAAGUGGUCUUCAAGCGUUAAUUCUUCAACUGAUUACCUUAUGUACGAAUUGGGAGCUUCAGGCAAGGAAAGUCGAGAGUAGGGUACAGGUUUUUGAAACAGCUAGUAUGCCAUGAUUCAGAUGUUUCACAAAUAUUACGUUGUCACUCUUGCCAUACAUAAAAGUUAAAGAUGUAGAGAGACAGAUAAUUUUGUUCAUCAGAUCAUUUAAUUUGUUGUCAUUAGUCAUUACCCCCACAUUGUAUAGUACUUUCUUUUUUCUUAUCCUUCCUUUCCUUUAAUACAGGGAAUUUUAGUUGUU